CAAUUUGGGGUCAGCCAUUGGAUGGGUGAAACACGACUCUUUCAAUUAAACAAUUCAUUUUGGUGGCGCCUGCCAACCGAAUAUCUCUUCUAACAAUUUUGACACACUCUUGGAAUCUCUGAAAGUCUUGGCCUUUCUCUCACUUGUCAGCUGUCCCAAACAUAUAAAACUCACGAAUCGAUCAAAGCCCACCACCAGAAACGUUUCAAUUCUUCUCCCCUUUGCCCAUUCCUGCUGCUGCAACAAUUACUCACACAAUUCAAAGCGGUCUUUGAAAAUCUCUGUGCCCCAUUUCUCUCUUCCAAGCGGUCUUAAAUGGAGAAGAACAGAGAAGGAGGAGAGAGGGGCAUGCUGUUGGAUGGGCUCAGAGAUUCCAUGCCGGUGUAUGUAAAGGAGCUAGUUGCUGGGGGUGUCGCUGGUGGUUUUGCUAAGACCAUGGUUGCUCCACUCGAGCGUGUCAAGAUUUUGUUUCAGACCAGAAAAGCAGAAUUUCAAAGCAUAGGGCUGUUGGGAUCCUUUAGAAAGAUUGCAAAAACAGAAGGGGUGCUGGGUUUUUACAGAGGGAAUGGAGCAAGUGUUGCUCGAAUUGUUCCUUAUGCAGCACUGCAUUAUAUGGCUUAUGAGCAAUACCGGCGAUGGAUCAUACUCAAUUUCCCUGACAUUAGAAGAGGGCCAGUACUCGAUCUCAUGGCAGGAUCAUUUGCAGGAGGAACUGCUGUGCUUUUUACAUACCCUCUUGAUCUAGUUCGGACCAAAUUGGCUUACCAGGUUGUUGGAUCAACAAAGCUGAACAUCAAAGGGAUAGUCCAUGCAGAACAGGCUUACAGAGGAAUCCUUGAUUGUUUCUCAAAGACCUACAGAGAAGCCGGUGUAAGAGGGCUCUAUCGCGGUGGGGCUCCAGCACUCUAUGGCAUCUUCCCAUAUUCUGGUUUGAAGUUCUACUUCUACGAGGAGAUGAAAAGCCAUGUGCCUGAGAAACACAAGAAAGACAUAACAGUGAAACUAGCAUGCGGCUCCGUCGCAGGCUUACUGGGUCAGACAUUAACUUACCCUCUUGAUGUUGUUAGGCGGCAAAUGCAGGUCCAACGGCUGUCAGCAUCACACAUUGGAGAUGUGAAAGGAACAAUGGAAACCCUUGUUUCAAUAGCUCAAACACAAGGAUGGAAGCAGCUAUUUUCAGGGCUGAGCAUCAACUACUUGAAGGUUGUACCAUCAGUGGCAAUUGGGUUUACAGUCUAUGAUAUAAUGAAAUCAUGGCUGCAAGUUCCAUCGCGAGAUGACAAUCUAAUAGAAGUGGUGACAAACAAGAGGAAUAGCCAACCAUCAUCCCUGCACUCGUGACAUUAGAUCCCUUUUUCAACGGGAAAAAACAUUCUUAAAGGUCAUUGUUGAUUUUUCUUUGCCCUGUAGAUUGUCAUUUAAAUCUCUCCCAUAUUUUUCUCAGGGCAUUUCUGAUUUGUAUAUUCAAUUCUUUAAGCUCUACCCUAGCAUAGAUGUAGGUCAAAUCUCCCAUUCUAAUAAAGCUCAGAGGAGAGGGAGUCACAGAUUUUACAAGGAGAGAUACUUGAUGUAGCAAAGGUCAUUGAUUAGAAUAAUGAAGAAUGCUUUCCCUACAGCAA